ACAUUUUGGAGGAAAAUGUCUAGUGAAGAAAUUUUAAAUCCCAUCCUAUUGACUGAUGCAGACCAGCAGCUAGUGAUGGAUAACAGGGACCCACCGACUUCUGACUGUGACACAAGACGGUCGAAGCAGCUGUCAGAACUCCCUCCCAAGCUCCUUCAGCGCCUCAUGCCUUUUCAGCGAGAGGGAGUGGAGUUCGCUUUGUCUAAAGGCGGACGAUGUAUGAUUGCUGAUGAGAUGGGUCUCGGGAAGACGGUGCAGGCCAUCGCGGUGGCGUGCGCUUACAGGCAGGAGUGGCCCCUCCUGGUGGUGGUGCCCUCCUCCCUCAAGUAUCCCUGGAUCGAGGAGCUGGAGAGGUGGAUCCCGGAGCUGCAGCCCAGAGACAUCAAUCUGGUGGAGAGCAAGAGCCACACCAUGGGUAUCAGCAGCAGUAAGGUGACAGUGCUGGGUUAUGGCCUGCUCACCACAGACGCACGCCCCUUAGUGGAGGCUCUGAGCAGGCAACGGUUCGCUGUGGUCGUGCUGGACGAGUCUCAUUACCUCAAAUCCAGGAACGCGGCGCGCACCAAGAUCCUCGUCCCUCUCAUUCAGAGCGCAAAGCGGGCCAUCCUGCUCACCGGUACCCCCGCUCUGGGUCGACCCGAAGAGCUUUUUAUGCAAAUUGAUGCCCUCUAUCCCAGGAGGUUUGGAACGUGGACUGACUACGCCAAGAAAUACUGCAACGCCCAUUACAGGUACUUUGGCCAUCGCAGACAGUGGGACUGUCGUGGGGCGUCCAACCUUAAGGAGCUGCACCAGCGGCUGAGCCAGAUCAUGAUCCGUCGCCUCAAAGCCGAAGUUCUGAGUCAGCUGCCUCCUAAAAUCCGUCAGCGCAUCCCCUUUGACCUGCCCAAGGAGGCUGCCAAGGAGGCCUCGGCCAGUUUCGCGGAGUGGGAGAGGCUGAUGAAGGGACUGGGGUCGGGGGUCGCCGCUACAGAAAACCCCUUCACAGAGGUCAUGGGCCUGGUUACACAGAUGUACAAACAAACAGCUAUUGCCAAGGCGGGCGCUGUGAAGGACUACAUUAAGAUGAUGCUGGAGGCAGAGCAGCUGAAGUUCCUGGUGUUCGCCCACCACCUCACCAUGCUGCAAGCCUGCACCGAAGCCGCCAUCGAGGCCAAGGCUGGUUACAUCCGAAUCGAUGGCAGUGUGCCUUCAUCAGAGCGAAUCAAGUUGGUUCACAAAUUCCAGAGCGAACCAGAAACCCGAGUAGCCAUCCUCAGCAUCCAGGCAGCCAGCCAGGGUUUGACCUUCACCGCUGCCAGCCAUGUGGUGUUUGCCGAGCUCUACUGGAACCCGGGACACAUGAAGCAGGCGGAAGAUCGUGCUCACCGCAUCGGGCAGACGUCCUCUGUCAACGUGCACUACCUCAUUGCCAAGGGCACCUUUGACACCGUCAUGUGGUCCAUGCUCAACAGGAAGGAAACUGUUACUGGUAGCACUCUGAACGGCAGGAAAGAAUACCUGAAGGCUGAUGAGGGUGACAAGGACAAGUGGGAGUUCCUCAGCUUUUCCAGUGCCUGGACACCUAGUGAGAUGGUGCUACCGCUGGAGGGAAACACAGGAAAUGUGAAGGAUGACAUUUUCUUCACCUACUUUGAGAAAGAGAAGCAGCACGACAUCCGCUCGUUCUUCUCGCCCAGCGGCAGCAAGGAGAAGAAGAGGAAGAGAACAGGCGACGUGGAAUCGUCUCUGUCCACGUCCUCAGAGACAGUGGAACAAGCAGAACCGGCUGGCAGCGUGGCGGACUCUGAAAGCUCCCCAUCCUUCGCUAAACCCGACCAGGAUUUUUCCCCUCAGCUAAAGAGGCUUCGGACGCCAAAGUCCAGCCCGAGCCCCCGAUUCGGUGCGAGACGGAGGCCGACCCUGGGGAGUCCCGGCUCGCUCGUGCCCCGGAGGCUUCCAGAGCCGGAUCCUCCGUCGACGUGGAGUUGCGGGGCCUGCACCUACUCCAACAGCGGCCUGCUGCCCUUCUGCGAGAUGUGCGAGUUCCCACGCUCAUCUCCUGGGAUCAAACCAGAGUCACCAAGGUCUCCACAAGCCCCCGUGGCCCACACUGGCCAAGAGUGCAUCGUCCUUUCCAGCUCUGAGAGCGAGCCGGAGCUUCUGAAAGACAAACAGACGCUGGAAGAAGCAGAAGAAAAGGAUAAGUGUUGGCCCAAAGGCAAACAAUCAGCAAUGGAAGGAGGCGACAACAUGGCUGGCAGCGGCGGCUGCCUCUCCCCUGACCACACAGAGGACUGUGGAGCUGUGCCGUGUUCAUCUUCCUCUGUCGAUGCUAAUGGUGAUGGUGAGGGCAGAGAUGAAGCUGACGCCGCCGCCCAGCCCGUCUACCCGGGCCUGCAGUUCUGUGCCAGCCAGUACACAGACCGGAUAUAUCUUUACUCCAAGGACGGAGCUCCGUUGAACUUGAGCUUCAUCCCUCUGGACAUCAAGCUCUCCAACUGGGACGACCUGCCUGAGGCCUUCAGCCAGCGCCGGGAAAAUCGAAUGCAGGUGCUGAGAUUCGUUCAGGAGUGGAGCAGCUUGGCAGCCAUGAAGCAGAAGCUGCUUCGACGCAGCGCCGCUCUCUUCCACAGCCCGAGCCUGGGCCUGCAGCAGCUGGCCGCCAACCAGCGUCCUCACUCCAGCACCAAGAGGUAUCUGAGCCGAGACGAGGUAGCCGAGGCGUCCCUGAGCAAGGCCCAGGAAGAAGGAGGCAGCGUCCGGGUGGUCACCAAGGAAAAGUUCUUCACAAAGAGGAGGUCUGGUUCUUCGCAAACGCCGCCCGCUGCAGAGAGACAGGACCAACCGUCAUGCAAGGCAGAGGAUGAGCAACCAUCUUCAGAGCCCAGCUACGUGCAGGCCCUGGACAGUCAGGGUGUCCCUCUGUGUCUCUCCUGCCAGCGGGCCUGUUCUAACACAGGUGGACCUUGGGAUACGCGAUUCUGCAGCCACAGAUGCCAGGAGGAAUUCCAGUUGAGGUCUAGCCAGACAUACAUGCGUUCCCGUGUGCUGGAGGUAGAGCAAGGCGUUUGUCAACACUGUGGCCUCAAGGCUCAUGAACUGUUUCAGAAGGUCCGUGAUGCCCCAGCUUCCAAGCGAAAGGAGAUGCUGGAGAACACAUGGCUUUCUCAGCUGCCACUUAAACAGCUGAACGAGAUGAUCCGAGCUCCGGUGGAGGGCGAUUUUUGGCAGGUCGACCACAUCCGGCCAGUCUACAGAGGAGGAGGCCAGUGCUCCCUGGACAACCUGCAGACGCUCUGCACGGCCUGCCACAAAGUCCGGACGGCUCAGCAAGCCAAAGAACGCAGCCAGAUGAGGAAGAGCGCCGCUGCCUCCAAGGUUGCGUUAGACAUCAGCAGGUUCUUCAUCAGGAAAUGAAAAGACUUGACGGUUAAUUUUAGUAGGUUCAGGUUUAAACUUUCUUACAUUAAAGUAACAGGAUAAUGUUAUCAAUGUCUAUCCACACCUCUUGAACCUUUUUUUCCCCCUUUACAAACGCAAACUUCAGUCUAUUUUGUCUGGAUUUAAUCCAAUAGCCUAAUAUGUGUUGGAUAACUGUGAGGGGGGAGGAAAUUUAUAAAUAGUUUUUUAAAUGUUUUACAAAUGUCAGCUGCAAGUCUUUUGAAAUAUGAUUUCACCAGCUUUGCUUUCUUGCUUUUUCUCUGGUUUGUUUUAAAAGAUUAAAUCACACACAGGUGGACCGUUUUUAUUUAUUAUGUGGCUUCUAGAAGAAUUUAAAUGGCGAUGCUAUACAAAAUCGGGCCACACUUUCACGACUUUUAUUAGAAAAUGUCUUAAAAACCAUGUCUCCUUUUCCUUACGCAGCACAAUUAUGCACCAUUUUGUGCUGGUCCCUAUAAAAUACACUGAAGUUCGUGGCUGUAAAGUGACAAAAAGCCUGCGCUGUACGCAUUUCUGUACCCUGACCUAGCAAGACGCAUCACUUCCCGAUGACAUCACCUCCGUCCUGCUAGGCCUCAUUACAUCAGAACCCGCGCUGAGAGAGAUUUAUCUAAAAGGUUAAAAAAAAAAAAUGGUGACGACUUGCUUCAAAUGCAAAUUCAGCCAACUUCCCUCUCGUCCCCGAACCGUCAUGAGCGCAUUGGGUUUGAUUUAUGAUGCCCCCCUAUUUUUUUAUUUUUUUUUUCGGCUCGAGGCGGAAGUGGAGCGGGUUGAUUAGAGAGAUGCUUCUAUUUUAAGAUUUUUGCAAACUUGCUAAAAAAAACAAAGGUAAGAAAAAAAAAAGCAGGUGUGACGAAUUGGGGGCUUUGAGAUGGAACUGUGCUGCAGAAACGCAGCCAGGUGUCCUCCUUGGUCCCUCAACAUGUGGCCCCUUGUAAUUCCUCUUAUGAUGGAUGGAUGAUCGCUCACUCGUGAAAUAAAUUGCUGUUCUUUUUCCUCUUU